CACAGAGACUCUCUCUCUCUCUCUCUAACCCCAUUUCUCUCUCCUCCUCUUUCUGUGGGGGGAUCCAGUUCAAUCUCCCUCGCUCCUCCUCCUCCCCCUCAUCAUCCUCCUCUCUUGCCAGGAGAUGAGUCUCGAUCUCCUCGUUUGCCUUUCCUUUUCGUGAGUGAUUGGAUCCGAUCGCCGAAGCGCGUGCCGCGAGCCCGGACGACCAAAACGAACGAUGAACGACAAGGCAUUGGUCACCAAGGACCUCCACGCCAGGCACACCAAGAUACUCGAGAGUCUUCUCAAACUUCCAGAAAAUAGGGAGUGCGCAGAUUGCCAGAGCAAGGCUCCCCGAUGGGCAAGUGUGAAUCUAGGAAUUUUUAUAUGCAUGCAAUGUUCCGGGAUCCAUCGGAGUCUUGGAGUACAUAUCUCAAAGGUCAGAUCAACUACUUUGGAUACAUGGCUACCAGAACAGGUUGCUUUUAUGCAGUGUAUGGGAAACAAGAGGUCCAACAAAUACUGGGAAGCAGAACUUCCACCAGAUUAUGACAGAAGUGAAAUUCAGAAAUUCAUUCAAACCAAGUACGAGGAGAAAAGAUGGGUUGCAAAAGAUGCACCUCAGCCAGGUUUUGAAGACAUCAAUUUGUGCCACGUCCCCAAUGAGCCUGUUGAAGGUGAAUCAAAAGCUUGCAUGCCAAAGAAGAUGAGAAACUUUUCUCUGGAAGAAGAAAUUCUCACCUCGCACGCGGCACCAGCAGCUCCACCUCCAACAAGGCAGCGAGGGUUUUCAUUAGAUAUGGAGGACAAUGGAGCGGCCAAGUUACCCCCAUUGAGCGAGUCUGAUACAUCCAUAAAACCGAUUGACGGAAAAGUGGAUCUCUUCAGCCUGCUCUACUCUCGUCAGUCACAACAAGACCGUAGUUCCAAAACUCCUCCAAGCUGGGCAAAAUUUGAAUGAGCUUAAUCUUCAAAAGGGUAGUGCUGGUUGUCCACAUGGAAGUCAAAGGAUUAUCAGUCGGACAAGGGACACAUCUUCUGCGGAUGUCCAGCAUGUUUAAAUACAAAAUCGUCACGCUGGACAUGGCUAACACGGUGGAUCCUUCAAUAUAUACCUUUUAGUAUAGCUCCCUGUCGACGACGGGUACUUAGGAGAAAAAGAUGAUGUCUGGCUUACUGACGACUCGGGAUAACUUACAUUCGGCUCCACGUAACGUGGGUUUCGAUUACUCGACCAAAAAAAAACGUGGGUUUCGAUUGUGGUAUCUUCCCUCGAAAAAAAAUGAAUCCAUUCUUAUCCCUUUU